CUGUUUGGAGGAAAAUCAGCGCUGGGACGAGCUUGGUUUAUUUGGAUGUUGAGGGAAAAAUGGCUACCAGAGGGAAAGAGUGGAAGCAGUGUCCACUUUUGGAGUAAAGCAUCGUUUCUGACAUAUGGAUACACUAGGAGUGCCCCACGUAACUGACAUUUGGGGUUAUCUUCAACGCUGUAGCCGAAGGAUUUUCCUGCUUACUGGGCUGCCUUUGCCCUGACAAAGCCGCUAAAGAUGAACAUGGUGAAGAGGAUCAUGGGGCGGCCGAGGCAGGAGGAGUGCAGCCCCCAGGACAAUGCGCUGGGCCUGAUGCACCUGCGACGCCUCUUCUCUGAACUGUGCCAUCCUCCUCGCCACAUGACGCAGAAGGAGCAGGAGGAGAAGCUCUACAUGAUGCUUCCUGUAUUUAACAGGGUGUUUGGGAAUGCUCCACCAAGCAGCAUGACGGAGAAGUUCUCCGACCUGCUGCAGUUCACCACCCAGGUCUCACGACUCAUGGUGACUGAGAUCAGACGUAGAGCAUCUAAUAAAUCCACAGAGGCAGCCAGUCGAGCCAUAGUCCAGUUCCUGGAGGUGAACCAGAGUGAGGAGGCGAGUCGUGGUUGGAUGCUUCUGACCACCAUCAACCUGUUGGCCUCUUCUGGACAGAAAACGGUGGACUGCAUGACGACAAUGUCUGUACCCUCCACGCUGGUCAAAUGCCUCUACCUGUUCUUUGACCUGCCUCACAUGGCCGAGGCCCCUGUGGGCCCCACCCCGCAGCCACCACCCCCACCUCCACCACCACCCACCCAGGAGAAGAACCCAGGCCAGGGCCACACCCAGCAGGAGCUGCCCCUGGCUGACCGCAGGGCGCUGCUCCAGAAAGUCUUUGUCCAGAUCCUGGUGAAGCUCUGCACCUUUGUGUCUCCGGCGGAAGAGCUAGCCCAGAAGGACGACCUCCAGCUGCUGUUCAGUGCCAUCACCUCCUGGUGCCCCCCCCACAACCUGCCCUGGAGGAGGAGCGCAGGGGAGGUGCUCACCACCAUCUCCCGACAUGGCCUCAGCGUCAACGUGGUCAAAUACAUACAUGAGAAGGAGUGCCUGGGCACAUGUGUUCAGAACAUGCAGCAGUCUGAUGAUCUGUCACCGUUGGAGAUAGUGGACAUGUUCGCCGGCCUCUCCUGCUUCCUCAAGGACUCCAGUGACGUGUCACAGACCCUGCUGGACGAUUUCCGAAUGUGCCAGGGUUACGCCUUCCUCUGCGAUCUCAUGCUCAGACUGGAACAGGCCAAGGAGGACGAAUCGAAGGAUGCGCUGAAGGACCUGGUCAACCUGGUCACCUGUCUGACCACAUAUGGGGUGACUGAGCUGAAACCCGCCGGCCUGACAACCGGAGCCCCCUUCCUGCUGCCUGGCUUUGUUCUCCCGCAGCCCUCUGGGAAAGGCCACACAGUGCGUAAUAUCCAGGCCUUUUCAGUGCUUCAGAACGCCUUCCUGAGGGCUAAAACAAGCCGUCUGGCCUGUAUGCUACUGGACGCCAUCGGAAACAUCUACGCAGCAGAGCCGGCCAACUACUUCAUCCUGGAGUCGCAGCACACCCUGUCGCAGUUUGCAGACCGCGUGGCCAAGCUUCCCGAGGCCCAGGCCAAGUACUUUGAGCUGCUGGAGUUUGUCGUCUUCAGCCUCAACUAUGUGCCGUGCAAAGAGCUGUUUAGCGUCAGCGUGCUGCUCAAAUCGAGCACGUCGCACACCUGCAGCAUCACAGCCGUCCGGACGCUGCUGAAGCUGGCCAGGCAUGACCCGGUGUUCAGCGAUGUUCUGCGGGAGGUCGGUCUGCUGGAGGUGCUGGUCAACCUGUUGCACAAGUACGCUGCCUUGCUCAAAGACCCGGCCACUCAGCAGCAACCCCACAAUAAUGAUCAAGCUGACUGUAAAAACAACACGGUAGCAGAGGAGCAGAAGCAGUUGGCCUGGCUGGUGAUGGAGACGCUGACAGUGCUCCUGCAUGGCUCCAACACCACCAACACUAAUGCAGCUCUGUUCAGGGAGUUUGGCGGCGCUCGUUGCGUUCACAACAUCGUGAAGUACCGUCAGUGUCGGGAACACGCCCUGCUCAUCAUCCAGCAGCUCGUCCUGUCACCCAGCGGAGAUGACGAUAUGGGAACGCUGCUGGGCCUCAUGCACUCUGCACCGUCCAGUGAACUACAGCUGAAGACCGACAUACUGCGGGCUUUGUUAGCGGUCUUGCGCGAGAGUCACCGCACCCGGACGGUGUUCCGCAAGGUGGGUGGCUUUGUCUACAUCACCUCCCUGCUGGUGGCCAUGGAGCGCUCGCUGUGCCAGCCGCCGCGACACGGCUGGGAUCGUGUCAACCAGAACCAAGUCUUUGAGCUGCUGCACACCGUCUUCUGCACGCUCACCGCCGCCAUGCGCUACGAGCCGGCCAACUCACACUUCUUCCGCACGGAGAUCCAGUAUGAGAAGCUGGCCGACGCUGUAAGGCUGCUGGGCUGUUUCUCAGACACUAAGAAGCUGGGUCCCACAGGCGUGUUCCCCUCCAAUGCUCAGCCUUUCCAGAGGCUGCUGGAGGAUGAGGCUGCCCCUGGAGGCUGCGCAGGAGACAGCGUCUGUCCCACGCUCAAACACUGCAGCAAACUCUUCAUCUACCUGUACAAGAUGGCCACCGACUCUUUUGACAGACAAGGCUACUACGGCACGUCGGGCCCUCCCGCCCCAGUCAAAGCCCUGACAGACCUGAAGCUCCACUUAGCAAAUCCCUCCCACCCCGCUUCCUCCUCGUCUUCGUCUGAUAUGGUGGUCAUCCACCCAGGGGCCGUCCUGGCCAUACUGGACCUGCUGCCCUCCGUCUCCUCUGACAGCCAGCCAGAGCAUGCCCUCGACCUGCAGCUGGCAGUGGCCAAUAUCCUCCAGCUCCUGGUGAACAGUGAGAGGAACCAGCAGGUGCUGUGUGAAGCUUGCCUCCACCAGCGGCUGUUGCAGCGCUGCAGUCAGGCCCUGGCCGAUGAAGACCACCCACUGCACCCGCCGUUGCAGAGGAUGUUCGAGAGGCUGGCUUCGCAGGCCCUGCAGCCGAUGGCACUCAGGGAGUUCUUACGUCUUGGAAACCCUCUGAACUGCGGUGCCUGGGACAAGAAGCUACUGAAGCAGUACCGGGUUCACAAACCGAGCUCCCUCGGCUACGACGCCGAGAUGAGAAACAGCAUGACCAUGUCCAUGGAGGGCUUUGGUCCCGACAGCGUCUUUGCCACACCUGCGGAGGACAACGGCCAGUACCGCAUCAGCCGCAGCCUCGUGCGCUCCGCCGAGGGCAGCACGGUACCCCUCACCCGAGUCAAGUGCCUGGUGUCCAUGACAACGCCCCAUGACAUACGCCUGCACGGAUCGUCCGUCACACCUGCAUUUGUCGAGUUUGACACCUCGCUGGAGGGCUUCGGGUGCCUGUUUCUGCCCAGCCUGGCGCCCCACAACGCUCCCACCAACAAUACCAACACCUCAGGUGUCAGCGAUGGAGCAGUGCUGAGCGGGAUGGGUACAGGGGAGCGCUUGUUCCCUCCUCCGUCAGGCCUAAGCUACUCCACCUGGUUCUGCGUGGAGCGUUUCAGCACAGCCCCUCAGGCCCACCCGGUGCGCCUGCUGACCAUUGUCCGUCGGGCCACGUCCUCAGAGCAGCACUAUGUCUGCCUGGCAGUUGUGCUGUCUGCCAAAGAUCGCUCGCUCACAGUCUCCACCAAGGAGGAGCUGCUGCAGACCUACUCAGCGGACGAGUCGAGUGAAGAAGCCUCCUUCUAUGAGAUCCUGCCCUGCUGCGCUCGUUUCCGCUGCGGGGAGCUGAUCGCUGAGGGCCAGUGGCACCACCUGGUGCUGGUCAUGAGCAAAGGCAUGCUGAAGAACAGCAUGGCCACGCUGUACAUCGACGGCCAGCUUAUCAACACCGUCAAGCUUCACUACAUCCACAGUGCGCCAGGCGGCUCCGGCUCCACCAACCCUCCUGUGUUGAGCACUGUGUACGGAUAUGUGGGGACGCCGCCAGCCCAGCGCCAGCUCUCCAGCCUGGUGUGGCGUCUGGGACCCAGCCACUUCCUGGAGGAGGUCCUGCCUGCCACCAGCGUCGCUGCCAUCUAUGAACUGGGACCCAACUACGUAGGCAGCUUCCAGGCCGUCUACCUGCCCUGUAAAGACUCAAAGACAGAGGUAGCACCUGCCUCCCCAGUGGCUUUGGUUCCAGAGGAGAAGGUGUCCUUCAGCCUCUAUGCACUGUCUGUCUCUACUCUCACUGUGGCCAAGAUCCGGAAAGUCUACAACAAACUGGACAGCAAAGCCAUCGCCAAACAGCUCACUGUGUCCUCUCAUGAAAAUGCCACUCCGGUCAAGCUGAUCCAUAACGCUGCCGGCCACCUCAAUGGACCAGCUCGUACCAUUGGAGCCGGAGUCAUUGGAUAUUUAGGGGUCCGUGCGUUUGUGCCCAAACCUGUGGCCACCAACCUGCAGUAUGUGGGUGGGGCGGCCGCCAUCUUGGGCCUGGUUGCCAUGGCGUCAGAUGUGGAGGGGCUGUAUGCAGCUGUCAAAGCUUUGGUGUGUGUUGUAAAAAGCAACCCGUUGGCCAGUAAAGAGAUGGAGCGCAUUAAAGGCUACCAGCUGUUGGCUAUGCUGCUGAAGAAGAAGCGAUCGCUGCUCAACAGCCACAUCCUCCACCUCACCUUCUCUCUGGUGGGAACAGUUGACAGCGGCCACGAGACCUCCAUCAUUCCAAACUCCACCGCCUUCCAGGACCUGCUCUGUGACUUUGAGGUCUGGCUCCACGCUCCCUACGAACUCCAUCUGUCUCUGUUUGAGCACUUCAUCGAACUGCUGACAGAAUCCAGUGAGGCGGCAAAAAAUGCCAAACUGCUGAGGGAGUUUCAGCUGAUCCCCAGACUGCUGCUGACCUUGAGAGACACCUCGCUGUCCCAGCCGACUGUAGCUGCCAUCAGCAACGUGCUCAGUCUGCUGCUGCAGGGCUUCCCCAACCCAUAUGAUCUGCUGCGGUUUGGCCAGUUCAUCUCCUCUACUCUUCCCACAUUUGCUGUUUGUGAGAAGUUUGUCGUCAUGGAAAUCAGUAAUGAGGAGAAGAUCGAUGGAGGUAAUGAUGAUGAUUUCGGCGGUCUCCUGUCAGCCAACCUCAUUCUUCUAAGAAACCGACUGCUGGACAACCUGCUCAGACUGCUCUUCACCACCAAAGAGAAAUGCUCUGUCAACGCCCAGGCAUGUGAGGAGCUGGUGCGGACGCUGGGCUUUGAUUGGCUCUUGAUGUUCAUGGAGGAACAUCUUCACUCGAGCACGGUCACGGCAGCCCUGUGGAUCCUGGUGGUGCUGCUCUCCAACCAGUCCAUCCUGAACCGCUUCAAGGAGGGGCUGUGUGGUGGAGGCUGGCUGGACCACACCGACUCUGUCCUGACCAAUAAGAUCGGCACAGUGCUGGGCUUCAACGUGGGCCGCAGUGCCGGCGGGCGCUCCACAGUGCGGGAGAUCAACCGGGACGCUUGCCACUUCCCAGGAUUCCCUGUAAUGCAGACACUGUUGCCUAAACACACCAACGUGCCGGAGCUCUACUUCCUGCUCAUGGCGUUGUUCCUGCAGCAGCCAGUCACCGAGCUGCCAGACAGCCUGCAGGUACAUUUUGACCUGGACUCCAUCUGGACGUUCAUCUUUGGCAUGCCGGCCUCCAGUGCGACAGUAGUUGCCUCCAUCCACAAUGUAUCCACCGAGGCUGCCUUCCUGCUGCUGGCCAUGCUGCGCAGCAUGCUCAACCUGCCGUGGCAAUCAGAGGAGGAAGGUUCCUGGCUGAGGGAGUACCCGGUCACCCUCAUGCAGUUCUUUAGGUAUCUUUACCACAACGUGCCUGACCUGGCGCCAAUGUGGCACAGUCCUGACUUUCUCUGUGCCCUGGCAGCAUCUGUCUUCCCUUUCAACAUCAGGCCCUACUCUGAGAUGGUCAGUGAUUUGGACGACGAGACGGGUUCUCCCACUGAGGAGUUCAAGGCCUUCGCUGGGGACUCGGGUAUGAACCGCAGCCAGUCUGAAUACUGUAACGUGGGCUCCAAGACGUCUCUCACCAACCACCCAGCCAAAAAGUACGUCUUUGACUUCAUGAGGGUCCUGAUCAUGGACAACCUCUGCAUGACCCCGGCCAGCAAACAGACGCCCAUCAUUGACCUGCUGCUGGAGGCCUCCCCGGAGCGCUCCACCAGAACUCAGCAGAAGGAGUUUCAGUCCAACAUCCUGGACGGCGUCAUGGAGCACCUUCUGGCUGCUGAUGUUCUUCUAGGUGAAGAUGCCUCUCUGCCCCUCAGCAGCGGUGGCAGUUAUCAGAUUCUGGUCAACAACGUCUUCUACUUCACCCAGCGGGUGGUGGACAAACUGUGGCAGGGGAUGUUCAACAAGGACUCCAAGCUGGUGGUGGACUUCAUCGUGCAGCUCAUAGGACAGUCUAAGAGGCGUUCCCAGGGUCUUUCCCUCGACACUAUCUACCACUGUCUGAACCGGACGGUGCUCUACCAGCUCUGUCGACCCCACAAGACUGUAGCACAGCAGGUGGCCCUGUUAGACGCCCUGCGGGUCCUGACCGUCAACCGCAACCUGGUGCUCGGGCCCGGCAACCACGACCAGGACUUUGUGGCCUGCCUGGCUCACUGCUUUAUCUGCUUGCACAGCGGGAGUAGUGUGGAGGGCUUCGGUUUGGAGGCGGAGGCCAGGAUGACAACCUGGCAUGUCAUGAUGCCCACGGAGAACGAGGCUGACGCCACACACAGCCACGACGUCAGCGAGGGCCGGCAGCUGCUGCUGAAGGCAGUGAACCGGGUGUGGACGGAGCUGAUGCACAGCAAGCGUCAGAUGCUCGAGGACAUCUUCAAAGUGUCUCUGCCCUGCAACGACAGAGGCCACGUGGACAUCGCCACGGCCCGGCCCGCAUUGGAAGAACCGGCCCUGAAGAGCUGGCAGAACCACUUGGUCCAUGAGAAGAAGUGUAUCAGUCGUGGUGAGGCAGUGGCACCGGCGACCCAGUCCAAGCUGUCCAGAGUCAGCAGCGGCUUCGGCCUCUCCAAGCUGACAGGCGUCCGCCGCAACAAGAAGGAGAACUGCCUUAACAAGAACAGCCUGUCUGCACAGGAGACUUUCCAGUGGAUGUUCACACAUAUAGCUGUUGUUCGAGACCUGGUGGCAAUGCAGUACAAAGAACAUCAAGAGCGGCAGCAGAACGCCCUCAAGUACGUGACUGAGGAGUGGGCGUCCAUAGAAUACGAGCUGCUGCGUGAACGGGGCCUUUGGGGCCCACCCAUCGGCUCCCACCUGGACAAGUUUAUGCUGGAGAUGACGGAGGGCCCCUGCCGGAUGAGGAAGAAGAUGGUCCGCAAUGACAUGUUUUAUAUCCACUACCCAUACAUCCCUGAGAUGGAGCCCAACACCAACUCAACACAGAAGCCUCUCCGUUACCGGCGAGCCAUCAGCUACGACAGUAAAGAAUACUACGUGCGUUUGCUGUCUGGAAACCCCGGCAUGUACCAGCACUCUGUGGAGCACAACACCGAGGGCGAGACGACACAGCAUGAGCCCGAACAUGGAGAGGACACCAUCGCAAGAGUCAAAGGCCUGGUGAAGGCUCCUCUGAAGAGGUCUCGCUCCACAGCGGACGGUGCAGACGAGGACAGUCAGGAGCAGCUUCAGGAGCAGCUGUUAGAGUCAGGAGGCCCUGAGGAGGAGCAGAGGACCGACAACACGUCUCUGCUGCGCCUCCUGGAGGAGGGAGAGAAGAUUCAACACAUGUACCGCUGUGCCAGGGUGCAGGGUCUGGACACCAGCGAGGGUCUGCUGCUGUUUGGGAAAGAGCACUUCUACGUCAUCGACGGCUACACCAUGACCGUGUCCAGGGAGAUCAGGGACAUCGACACCCUGCCCCCAAAUUUGCAUGAGGCCAUCAUCCCGAGAGGAGCGAGACAAGGACAGAGCCAGCUGAAGAGAACCUGCAGCAUCUUUGCUUAUGAAGACAUCAAGGAGGUGCACAAGAGACGCUACCUACUGCAGCCCAUGGCAGUGGAAGUCUUCUCAGCAGAUGGGAGAAACUACUUGUUAGCCUUCCAGAAAGGAGUCCGCAACAAAGUUUACCAAAGGUUCUUGGCGGUGGUGCCUUCACUGGCUGACAGCUCAGAGUCAGUUUCAGGCCAGAGGCCCAACACCAGCGUCGAGCAAGGAUCUGGGCUCCUCAGCACACUGGUCGGUGAAAAGUCAGUGACUCAGAGAUGGGAGCGAGGAGAGAUCAGUAAUUUCCAGUACCUGAUGCAUCUGAACACGUUGGCAGGACGAUCCUACAACGACCUGAUGCAGUAUCCCGUCUUCCCCUGGAUCCUGGCCGACUUCGACUCAGAGGAGCUGGACCUAAACAACCCCAAGACGUUCCGUAACCUCGCCAAGCCGAUGGGCGCCCAGACUGAUGACAGACUGACACAGUACAAGAAGAGGUACAAGGACUGGGAGGACCCCAGCGGGGAAACUCCAGCAUAUCACUACGGCACCCACUACUCUUCAGCCAUGAUCGUAGCCUCUUAUCUGGUCCGGAUGGAGCCCUUCACACAGAUUUUCCUCAGACUUCAGGGAGGUCAUUUUGACCUCGCUGACAGGAUGUUCCACAGUAUGCGUGAAGCCUGGCUCUCUGCCUCCAAACACAACAUGGCCGACGUCAAAGAGCUCAUCCCCGAGUUCUUCUAUCUGCCCGAGUUCCUGCUCAACUCCAACAACUUCGACCUGGGUGCCAAGCAGAAUGGCACCAAAUUGGGGGAUGUCAUCCUGCCACCUUGGGCCAAGGGCGACCCCCGGGAGUUUAUCAGAGUCCACAGAGAGGCAUUGGAGUGCGACUACGUAUCUGCCCACCUCCACGAAUGGAUCGACCUGAUUUUCGGCUACAAGCAGCAGGGCCCGCCUGCGGUGGAGGCGGUCAACGUCUUCCACCACCUGUUCUACGAGGGCCAGGUGGACAUCUACAACAUCAAUGACCCACUCAAGGAAACAGCCACCAUCGGCUUCAUCAACAACUUUGGACAAAUCCCCAAACAGUUGUUUAAGAAGCCACAUCCUCCUAAACGGGUACGCAGUAAAGCCAACGGUGACAUAGCGAGUAUUCCUCCAAACUCCAACAGUGACAAGAUCUUCUUCCAUCAUCUGGACAAUCUCAGGCCGUCUCUAGCACCUGUCAAAGAGCUGAAGGAGCCUGUGGGACAGAUCGUGUGCACCGACAAGGGCGUACUUGCUGUGGAGCAAAACAAAGUUCUGGUUCCCCCCACCUGGAACAAGAACUUUGCCUGGGGCUACGCAGACCUCAGCUGCCGUCUGGCUAACUAUGAAUCUGAUAAGGCAUUGGUGGUGUAUGAGUGUCUGUCAGAGUGGGGUCAGAUCUUCUGUGCCAUAUGUCCAAACCCUAAGCUGGUUGUCACCGGUAGCACCAGCACCGCCAUCUGUGUGUGGGAGACAGGAAGCUCUAAGGAGAGAGCCAAGUCACUUACGCUCAAACAGGCGUUACUGGGCCACACAGAUGCUGUAACGUGUCUGACAGCGUCGUCAGCGUACCACAUAAUUGUCAGUGGCUCGCGGGAUCGGACAUGCAUCAUCUGGGACCUCAACAAGCUUUCCUUCGUCACGCAGCUCAGGGGACAUCGGGCGCCCGUCUCUGCUCUGUGCAUCAAUGAACUGACGGGGGAUAUUGUGUCUUGCGCAGGCACAUACAUUCACGUGUGGAGCAUUAAUGGCAGCCCCAUCGCCAGCGCCAACACCUUCACAGGGCGCAGUCAGCAGAUCCUGUGCUGCUGCGUGUCGGAGAUGAACGAGUGGGAUACGCAGAAUGUCAUUGUCACCGGACACUCGGACGGCGUUGUCAGGUUUUGGAGAAUGGAGUUCCUCCAAGUCCCAGAAACCCCUGCUCCACAGCCAGUAGAGCCAGAUGUGCCUGACUGCCUUGGUGAAGAGAAGAUUGAGGGUGGCGAGAGUCACAACGGUGAUGAUGACAGCAGCGAGUCCGAAGGAGACGAGCCCAGUCUGAGCCAGGAGCCCAAAGCACCACGCAACCCCUCAACAGGUGGAGGCAGCCAACCAGGCAGCACUGUCCACAGACCCAGAGGUCCUUCAGCCCGAACGGGAGCCUCAUGGUCGAUGGACAGCAGCUCUGAUGACUCUCGCCGCUGGUCAGACACCCUUAGCAUUGAUGAAAAGGACGGCUUCGUGUUUGUCAACUACUCUGAGGGCCAAACUAAGGUCCCUCACCCUCAUCCGGCUCAUCCGGCUCAUCCGACUCAUCCAGGCCAUAGCUUGGUGCCGCAGCCUCUCCAGCCCUCCACCAUGGACGCACGGACGUAUAACCAGCUCAGGACAGGCUACAGAUGGGAGCGCCAGCUGGUCUUCCGGAGCAAACUCACCAUGCACACGGCGUUUGAUCGCAAGGACAACGCUCACCCAGCCGAGAUCACGUCCCUUGCCAUCUCCAAGGACCACAGUAAGAUCCUGGUGGGCGACGGUCGGGGGCGAGUCUUCAGCUGGUCGGUCAGCGACCAGCCGGGCCGCUCGGCAGCUGACCACUGGGUGAAGGACGAGGUGGUUGACAGCUGCUCCGGCUGCACGGUUCGCUUCUCCCUCACCGAGCGACGCCACCACUGCAGGAAUUGUGGGCAGCUCUUCUGCCAAAAGUGCAGUCGCUUCCAAUCAGAGAUCAAAAGGCUGAAGAUCUCGUCACCGGUGCGAGUUUGUCAGAACUGUUACUACAAUCUUCAGCAUGAGCGUAGCGUUGAGGAUGGCAGCAGAAACUGACCUCCACCUCCACCUGCUGUCGACACAGAAACACCUCCUCCUGAGGACUCCAACCUAAGGAGAGCUUCAUUCCUCCAUCUGCCUUGUUGUUCCCUCAACACCUACCACAUAUCCCUCGAACCCCCCUUUUUCUUCUCAUAUGUCCAGUAACCACAUGUACUGUAACACACUGACAGACUGUAACAGGAGGGAAUGUCGGCUUUCAUCACCACAGUGGUGAAGCUCAGUGAGGGAGGUGGGGAAAAAACGAGGAUAACUGAUCAAAAGGAGAAAUAAAAACUUUAAUGACCACUUUUACCACCUGCACUCUACACCUGGAAGGGGGAAAAAAGCAAAAACACCCUCGAUGCGGCACGCUUGAAUCAAUCACCCGCCACCGCAAGACGUAACAAACUUGUUUAUAUUGUAAAUACUUACCAUGGCCUUUUUAACUCUAAGAGGAACAAACACAGAACAAAAAGUAAGGUCAAUGAGAAAAAAGCAAACAAAUUGCCUGUAACAUAGCAUUGUGACUAACCGCUCCUGGCUUUAAAAAAACAAACAAAAUUGAUUGUGUGUAGUCUGCGUCACGAAUCACGGCCAGGCCAGAGGAGUAACACCGAGGGGAGGAAGGGAUAUGAAUGUCAAUAAUUAAUGUCUGUGGGUUGACUUUACUAGUGGGGCUAGUUAUGCAAAAUUACUUUUCUUUUUAAUUUCCCGAUCAUUUUUUGUUGUUCUUGUUGUUUACAAAAGGUGAUUUAUUUUGCGAAUGUGUGUUGCCCACAGUGUCAAACUGUCACCAUCGGAAAGAGAUUUAUUAUCUGAUUGUGAUUUCCUUUUUGUGUUGUUUUUUUUUUUGGCCAAAUUUCAAUGAUUUCAAAACAAAAAAAAAUCAUCUAUUCUGUCCUUUUAUAUGAAAUUCCAUUUGGUGGAUUUUUUUUGUUGCUGCUCUCUGAAGACUGGACACAUAAUCAUUUCAGAUUUUAUUUAAAUUUUAAACCAUAUCACUGCAGUUAUUUCAAGAUUCUUUUGUCUAGAACAAAAACAUGUGUUCGUCAUCUGUGAAAUAUAAACGAAUUAGGUUUAAAAAAAAAAGACACAUGUAAUAUUGCUGCACUUUUUUUUUGUUUCAUCAUCAUGUUUCUUUCAUGUAGCCUUAUUUAGUUACUGUACAGCAUCAAAGCAGCUUUCUGAAUGCACACAAAAAAGGGACUCUUAUUAUGUAUUUUGAUUUUUAAUUCUUUUAUUUUAGUACUUGUUGGUUUCAACUUCACUCUGACCCUGUGGCAUUAUUACAACAGAUCAGUAAAUGUUGCACUCCACACACUUUAUUCUCAGUCCUUACAGAAGAUGUUAAACUGCAGGAGCAGCAGCCAAGCACAUUUCAAAGAAUUGGUUCAGUAUCAAAGAAAAUUGUUACACAUCGGAGAAGAUGUAAACAAUUAUUUGAAUGGGGUCAUUCCUGUGUCGCUAGGGUCCUAUGUUCCCCACUUCUAGUGUCAGGGUUACGAUGUUGGGGAAUACAGGACCCUGGGAACAUAGAUUCAACCAUGAAAUCAGCAUUUGAACCAUUUUAGUUUUGGUACAAAUGCAGGGUAAAUAUCCAUAGCUUUUAAAUGAGCAGCCUUGUAGCAUUAAAUCCACAUCAUGGUUUCGUAUUUCAUCAGUGAUGUACCCUGUUUUGGCUCCUUUUUGUGCGUAAUUUUAUAAUCAGACCAGUCAAGUUGGUUUGGAUGUACAGGAACCAAUUAAAUAAAUCCAUGAUUUCAGCAAGUUUGAAAUUAUUUUCCCUGAUUUUAUGUCACUGUCCAUUUAUUGUUGUCCCAUAAAUUCAUAUUGGAAGACAAAACAUGACAUGGACUAAGAGGGGGAAGAAAAACAAAGACAAAAAAACGGACAUGGACCUUUUAUUAAAGAAAAUCACGUCUCGUCAUGAUUAUGUUGUCAGGAGAGCAGAUGACAAACUAGAAGCAACAUAAAUUGCAAUGGACACAGUUCAGGGACAAUGACACGACCAUGGCAAAGCAAAGGCAGAUUGAUGGCCUUUUUCUUGCCACAUUAAGCAGCAACUGUAGUUAAGGAGAAAUGUGAAAGCGGAUAUAUUUUACGUCGUGAUCGUAGCAUCUUUGAAAUUAUUCCGAUGGCAUACGUUUUUUUGUUUGUUCAAAAAUGUGGGUUUUUGUAGUGUCUGACGCUUUCGCAAGGAUUCACUGAAUUAAGAAAUGUUAAAGCACAAAUGUUAAUUCAUAGUCUGCCUUGCUGUCAAUGUUGAACAACAAAAAUGUAACUCCAGUUACAAAUGUCAACGAGACAUUUUUACAAGAAGAAAGUAAAGUCAACAGUAAAAUCUAAAUGCAACAACAACGAUUUUUUGGCACAGCUUGAACUCCAUACAAGUCUGCCAUGUUGACAUCAGAGUGGUUUCAUAUGUUUUUCUGUAGUUUAAUGUAAAUUACACAGCAGUUUGUCAUGGAUACAACUACAUUUGUCACCACACCACAAAACACUUUUUUUACUCUGCUGGAUGGCUGCUGCUGCUGCUGCUGCUGCGUUUAGUAGGUAGACAUAAAGAGAGUGUUUUAAUGUAAAGUCUGUACAUGUUGUUUUCUUUCAUAUGUUAGCGCUUCUCUCUUCAUACAUGUGUUCAUGUUGUUUUCUUGGGCAACAGCUGUGCUUUCAAGUGCUGCUUUCUUUAUUUCCCAGAGAGAACUUUUGGUUUCCCACUAGUUGUCACAAACAUGUACAAAAAAAAGGAAAGAAAACACUUUUCAGAAAGUACUUUAAUAUUCACUCCCACAGCGCCCUGAUGUUGUAAUAAUAAUAUGCACUCUUGUUAAUGUCCUCCUUAUAUCAUUCUGCGUUAAUGUACUGUAAUUUAGCGUGCAAUCAUGCCAACUAGCUGAAAAGGCCGAGUCGGCUUCUAUCAAUCAAGAGUUCCUUCGCACCUUCAUGUGUACAAAAAAAGAAAAGUCAAGAGGAAUCGCAGGUUUUUACUGAAUGCAUAUUUACGUUGUCAUUUUAACAGAAAGGUGCAUUUCAAAGCGGAUAAAUGAACUGUACAAAGUAUUUAUGCAAUUAUAACUGGUUUUAGAUUUUUUUUAAUGAUUAUUGCGAUUUCAGCAAGUUUUGUUACUUGUUGCAUGUCUAUUAACACAGCUGACUUUCUGUGUCAGUGCAUUGUACAUGUUCUUGGCAUUGUUAUUUUUUGUUUUGUUGGUUUUAUUCUUUUGGGGGGGUUUUUUUUGGAGGCAUUGUCUGAGUUGUCCCGAGCGACAGACUGACAGGUUUGUGUACAGAGCCGGAGAUAGUGUCCACAGCUCUUGGUGGACUUUUGUACUCUUUAUGGGAAAAACCCUUAAAGACUAAUGAGAGAAGAAGAAGGGAAAAAAAAGAUAAAAUCCUGGAUUAUUUUGGUGGUCUUGCAUUAGACUACGUUAUUACAGUAUCUGGUGUGCAAUCUGUGAUAGCUGAAUGUUUCUUGUAUAUUUGUGUUCACUACAUCCUACCAGAGAAAAAAAAUAGAAUCCCCCCCCCCCCUCCCCUUACAGAAACGAUAUGUUACAAUAAUGCAAUAGAUCUGGUACUUAUUCUUUUUAAUUUCAUUUCAAUAAAUAAUUGCUGUUUACCACCAAAAA